UGACCCCACUCUAGAAAGCUGAAAGAAAAGACUGAGCAUCUUUUUGGUGCAGCGUCUGAAGUGGUCAGCUGCAGGUGACAGCAGCCAGAAGGACACUGGUGGUUUGUGACACCCAGUGGUGAAGCCCUUUCACCGGGCUGCCUUGUUUCUUUCUGCACGUCGGCGGUUACACAUCACACUUGGCUGCCACCUGGACUGCAAGCACGGCGAUGGCUAUUACAGACUUUCUAGCACUCUCGGACAUUACUUCCGCCAUCAAUGCUUGUAAAGCGAAGGAUUCCUUUAACCCCAAGAUGUUUUUCAAAGCCGUGGGUCUAUCGAAGAAGACUCCAGCUGAGAUAGAGAGGGUCUUUAACAUCUUGGACCAGGACAAAAGUGGUUACAUAGAACAGGACGAGUUACAACUCUUCCUGCAGAACUUCUCCAAAGGAGCAAGGACCCUGACUGCCGCUGAGACCAGAGCCUUCCUGCUAGAGGGGGACUCCGACGGUGAUGGCAAAAUUGGAUGGGAAGAGUUUUCUGCGCUGGUCAAGUCUUCAUAAGAGCAUCCCUCUAUGAUUUCACUGUAUGGUAUUGAUCUCAGGGUGGACCUCUUUUUGUAGUUGUAUCAAACAACAAGCGAUUUUAUGUGUGUUGAGAAACCAUCCCCAGUAAAGUGUUGAAAUAAUUGGAUUCUGUCUGUUAUGUGUCAUUGUCCACAAUGCUUAUAAAUAAAGAUAC